GUUUACUUCGUUGAAGCCAAGUUGCAUUCAAAUGGCGGCCACCAAGCGGCAUCGCAACGAGUUCAGUUCUGCAGGCGCGGAAGCGCAGGGAAAAUCGAACCCCAAGGCCUCUAAGAGGGAGGGGAGCAAAUACGAGAGCACCAUCAGUAGAAUUCGCAACAAAUUCCACAUCGAGGUGCCCGAUUCCUUCUUUACACUUUGGGAAGUCUGUAACAAGCUCAACUCGAGCGACCCUUGCGCUGCACUCGAGUGUAUUGGUCUGAAGCUAGUGGGGCCUUUCCAGGAGGUUACGACUGUGACUGAUAUGUCGCAGAGUGCCUGGCGGUAUUUCUACGACCCACCAGAGAUCAUCACGAUCAUGGUAGACCUGCAGGAUCUGGGCCACCAUUGGGCAUACUACAUCGACAAGCCUGGCGACUCCCCAAUCAGCGUGUUGGUUGCCUCGCGUGCCAAUGACUUCAAGUUCCGGGCUGCAUCAGAUUCUGUGUUAUCCCUUGUCUAUGAUAUGGCAAGAGAUCAUGAGAAGGGCGAUGGAAUUGUGGCUGCUAUCGAAUCGUUGUGUCACGACAAAGCCGAGUUAAAGGUGUCGACCACUGCAUGGAAGAGCCGAAUGAGGCGGGCACAAGGGACGACCUUCAAUGGUUUGGGUGUAUUGGUCCCCUAUGAUAAACACACUGAGGUCGGCUAUCGGGAGCUUCCAGUCAGUUCUAAAGCUCUCAAAGGAAUCCUGGACAAGAUUCGUGAUGCACCACCAGGCGAACGAGACACCUCCAAAUUGGACGAGAUAUUCACCUGGACUAAUAUAGGCAACGACGAGGGAGAUUUUGGUAUGGGUCUCGAGCUCGGGCAGGACCUAUUUUGCGCAGACAAGCCUGGCGUAGGUCCGGUCUUCACUAAGCCACUCACUAUAAUUCUCCGCAAUGCAUAUAAGCUGCUCGAAAGGCAAGCUUUUAUACCUGUUAUUGAAGCACAUACUCAGUGGAGAGUUUCCCAGUUCGAGAAAUUAGGAGCGAAAUGCUCAGGUUUGGCUCCAGGCUGUCUAGAUCUGGAGAAGCACCCCUGAUACAGUAGCGUACAAUGUUU